CACAUAAAUAUAAUUAUGGCUUAUCCACCACCUGGCGGUGGUUAUGGUUACCCUACUGGUUACCCUCCAGCAAACAUUGCUUAUCCACCAGCCGAUGUUGGAGCAUACCCAACCAUACCAGGUUACAUUCCACCAGGAGGUCCAGCUUAUCCUACUUCAUUCCCGCCUUAUGGUGGAUAUGAUCAACCACCUCUACAACCUGGAUUUUCUCCAAUGACACCUCAAGGAGACUUUCACCAUCAUCAUCAACAACCAUAUGCUCAACAAAACUACUCUGGUUUUGCUCCACCUCAUUCUUAUGGUCCACCUGGUCAGCAAUAUGUCCCACCUCCACAAACCUAUGGACAACAACCAGCAUAUGGACAACAACCAGCAUAUGGUCAACAACUCCCAUAUGGGCAACAACCAGUACAAAGUCAACAACCAGCAUAUGGUCAGCAACCACCUCAAGGCCAACAACCAGUUUAUGGUCAGCAACCACCUCAAAGCCAACAACCACCAUAUGGUCAGCAACCAGUUCAAGGCCAACAACCACCAUAUGGUCAGCAACCACCUCAAGGCCAACCACCAUAUGGGCAACAGCCACCUGGUCAGCAGCCAACAUAUGGGCAACAACCACCUCAAGGUCAGCAACCUCCAUAUGGCCAACAACCACCUCAAGGUCAACAGCCUCCAUAUGGGCAACCAGCUCCUCAGGUUCAGCAACCUCCAUGUGGGCAACAACCGCCUCAAGUUCAACAGCCUCCUCAGCAAGCUCAAGUUGCUCCCCCAACUAACCCUCUACCAUCUGGAACUCCGGCAGCUCAGCCUCCUUAUUCUCAGAUGUCAAAUAUGGCUAUAAGUGCACCUACAAGAGGUACUAUUUUUCCUAAAUCUCCAUUUGAUGCAGAGACUGAUUGUGAACUUUUAAGAAAAGCAAUGAGAGGUGUUGGAACUGAUGAAGAUGCUUUGAUUAACAUACUAGUUGCUCCUUGUAAUCGUCAAAGAGUUGAAAUUAGACUAAGAUAUAAAACCAUGUUUGGAAAGGAUUUAAUGAAUGAUUUAAAGUCAGAACUAAGUGGAAAUUUAGAGGAGACUCUUUUAGCUCUUUUGGAACCUACUGUUCUUUAUGAUGCUAAAUGUUUAAGAAAAGCAAUGGCUGGUGCCGGUACAGAUGAGUCAACACUGAUUGAUAUUUUAUGUUCUAGAACCAAUUCACAAAUCAAAGAAAUAAAGCAGGAAUACUCCAAUUAUUUCAAACGUGAUUUAGAAAAAGAUUGUGUAAGUGAAACAAGCGGACAUUUCAAGAGGUUGCUAGUCUCUAUGUGUCAGGGUAAUCGAGAUGAAACAGGAGUUGUUGAUUUAGAGAAAGCAAAAAAGGAGGCAGCUGAGCUUUAUCAAGCUGGUGAAAAAAAAUGGGGAACAGAUGAAUCACGUUUUAAUGUGAUUUUGGCAUCUAGAAAUUUUAAUCAAUUAAAAGCUACUUUUGAUGAAUAUGUCAAGAUUUCUCAACGGGAUAUUUUGAAUACUAUUGAUCGUGAAAUGUCUGGUGAUCUUAAAGAUGGUUUCAAAUGCAUAAUACAAUGUGCACGAAACCCCGCUGAGUAUUUUGCUGAUCGUUUGUGGCAUUCAAUGAAGGGAAUGGGAACUAAUGAUAGUUUAUUAAUUCGAAUAAUAGUUUCGCGAUCAGAGGUUGAUCUAGCUGAUAUAAAAACAGCUUUCUUGCGCAAGUACCAAAAAACAUUGUACAAGAUGAUAGAAGGCGAUUGCAGUGGUGAUUAUAAAAAGUUAUUACUUGCUAUUGUGAAACCUGAUAUUUAAAAAAAAUUAUAUUAAGCAUAUUUUUUUGAGGGGUUUUUUAUUGUAACUGAAAAUAUAUUGUAUGAAUUUAAUUUGCAUCAGGCACUUAAUAUUUUACAACGUAACAUGAUUAAAUUUU